AUGACGUCGGUGGCCUCCUGCUCGUCCAUGGUCAUGGCGAUAUGGACGGCAUUGAGUCGAUGUAUUCAGAGGAGGGUUUUUCGCGUUUUUGCAAUCUGUUUCAUCCUGUUUCUCGGCGUUACUUUUCACCUUUCUCAUAAUACCCAACGACCUCAUCACGAGCCAUUCGAGGCCCCGACCACGAAGCCUAUCGUUCAUGGCAAUCCGGUAGAUGGACUGCCAGAGCCCUCAUACGAUCUCAAUCCUUUCCCUUAUUCUCCUCAACUAAUAAACACAAACGGCACCGAUAGCAGAGUGUUACCGAAACCCUGGCUGGCGGCAGUCAUCUCAACAGCAUCAGAUGUCGAGCGACGGAUGCUCAUACGAUCCACAUGGAUGAGGAUCUUUAACGAUAUCCCCUUUGAUGGACGCUUCGUGGUGUCGAACCCCGGUCCGCAGUGGAUGGGGGUGGUGGCCAACGAGAAUCGCACCUUUGGAGACAUGAUUGUGCUGGACAACAUCGCCGAGGACGAUAUCACCGCCAACACCAUCAAGACGCUCGAGUUCUACAAGUGGCUGGUCGACCACGACGUUCAAUACGAGUUUGUCUCAAAGAUGGACACCGACCUUUGGCUCAAUGCACGCGGGUUUUGGGAACGUUUUCUGUCACCAAGGCUUUCGACCGACAACGCCACCGGGCUCAUGAAGAGCACUGUCCAGAAGACGGUGAUUGGGGAGCUCUACUACUCCAAGUACUGGGAUCUCGUCUUCCCGCACGGCGCCAUGUACACCGUUACAUGGGACAUGGUGAAACUACUCGCGCAUCUCCAGAACAAGCACCACGUGGUGACGGGCGAAGACAUGGCAAUUGCGACCCUCAUGCUCAAAGGGCACGAAAAAGCCAACUUUGUAAAUUUCCGGGGCUCAGAGAAAUUCGACUACGAUGACAAGGACGCACGACAUAGUGGCACGGCGUGGGCCAGGAAGAAGACGCAUCCGGACGCCAUCCAACACGCGCUGGUCGGCGAUGAAGCUAUUGCCGUCCAUCAGCUCAAAGACGAGAGCCUCUGGUUCAAGGUGGCAGACUGCUUCGACGAGCAAGGGAUCAAAGACGCGCCGCUGGCUUAUAACUCUGAGCCGGAGACUCAGCGGUCCAUGUUGGUGAAGUGGGAUGACUUUUGGUUCUGGAUGGGAGUAUCGGACCGCUACGACGCUAGAUUCGACAGGAUUCCGGACUUUCUGUGGACGAGAGAGGGAGGGCACUGGAUAUGUGACGGCAUAUGGGACUUGGGGAAGACCAAAACGGGAUACACGGGGGAUGAGAGCACCGUAUGA